CUUUCAUUGUCUGUUGAUGGAGUGGAUAAAGUAAUUUAAACAACUUCAAGUUUCAUUUAAAUAUUUCCCUUUUGGUAAACAAUAACCAUACUCAAUACAAAAGCCUAAGUGAACUCUUUGUAAAAAGCAAUUAUACCUGCUUGUUCCGUGUGCAUACACAUAGAUUAGCGCAGCAACAUUAGAUUCAGGGGGUUUUAUUGUUAUUUCAACCAUAUAAACAGUACACAGUGAAACGAGACAGUGUUUCCCCAAGGACGAAGGUGCUACAAGAACAUAUAACACGGGACUAUAAUAAAUUGCACACACAAUACAAAAUACAAAAAAAGGGAUAAAGUGCAUAAUAUUUGUAUACAGAGUGUAAGAUGUGUAGCAUGUGUGUGCAUGUACAUGGCUACACAUGAAUAUAUACAGUAUGACUGUAGGUAUGGACAGUAGGGAGGUAGCUAUUAAGUACAAUUGAGUAGCAGCAGAUCAUGUGUGCAUUGGUACACAUUGAGUUCAUUCUGUAAGAAUUCACAUUCAGAUCACAACUUCAUAAAAAUAUUAAACAUCAAUAGUUGGAGAUACUUUUAUGGUGUUAAAUGAAUUUAAUAAACAUCAUGCAUGCAAGAGACGGUGAGAAUUUCCGAUUUAAAAAAGGUUUCAUAAGCACUUCAUUGGUAAGUAAUGAGUGCACGAUGACUAAUGCUUCGGACCAAACGCACGUUAAUCAACAAAACGUGAUCGUUUUCUCGUGAAGACGCUCGCAGGGUUUGCACCAGAAGCUCCACCUUUUCGAGCGGUUCAGUGACCUCACCAGUGGGCUGGAUUGUAAGGGUGGGAUUUCCAGGCUUUCCGAGAGCGCUGUGUAUUCCUGCCUCUCUAUCCUAGGAUCUAUGCGGCUUAAACCACAGCAAAAGACGGACUGCUUGUACCUUUAAUAGCCAUAGAAAGGCCUAUAUACCGCACACUGGAUCCUUUUUCUACAUGCGACUCCAAUCGGAAUAAAUAAUUGAGGAAUGUGGAAAUUACAGAAUGCCCAACAGCGCUGGAAAGAGAUUUAAACCCACCAAAUACAUCCCAGUGUCCACCGCUGCCACACUCCUUGUGGGAUCGACCACUUUAUUUUUCGUUUUCACGUGCCCCUGGUUGACAAAGGUAAUCUCACCCGCUGUGCCUCUUUACAAUGGCCUGGUCUUCCUAUUCGUCUUGGCCAACUUCAGCAUGGCAACCUUCAUGGACCCUGGUGUUUACCCCAGAGCGGACGAGGACGAAGACAAGGACGAUGAUUUCCGAGCGCCACUCUACAAGAACGUGGAGAUCAAGGGCAUUCAGGUCCGGAUGAAGUGGUGCGCCACCUGUCACUUCUACAGGCCGCCUCGCUGCUCGCACUGCAGCGUCUGUGACAACUGUGUGGAGGAUUUCGACCAUCACUGUCCCUGGGUGAACAACUGCAUCGGCCGGAGGAACUACCGCUACUUCUUCCUCUUCCUGUUGUCGUUGAGCAUCCACAUGGUGGGAGUUUUCUCCUUUGGCCUCAUCUUUGUUCUCCACCACAGAGAGAGACUGGGUGCGCUGCACACCACUGUCACUCUGGUGGUGAUGUGCAUAGCGGGACUUUUCUUUAUUCCAGUCAUGGGACUCACAGGUUUCCAUAUGGUGCUUGUAGCUCGAGGUCGAACAACAAACGAACAGGUGACGGGCAAGUUUCGUGGAGGAGUAAAUCCCUUCACUAAGGGUUGCUGUGGCAACGUGGAGUAUGUCUUAUGUAGUCCCCUUGCACCUAGGUACAUUUUGGACCCCAGGAGAAAACCCCAUGUCAAAAUUCAACCCCCAUUCAUAAGACCUGACCUGUCAGACAGGCAGAUCACCAUCAAGUCCAAAAGCAGCCUGGAUGGCCUGGACAACAAAGAAACCCAGCCACCGCUGCCACCCAAAGCUGACAGGUACAACCAGCUGAAAAGCCAGCUGACUUCCAGUGAAGAGAGUUCUCUUUCUGGCAAGACCCACCCUUCCACUCCAGCAAUGUACAAAUUCAGGCCAUCCUUUGGCACCAUGCCUAAAGUCCACUACCACACUGCUGGAGAGAAGAUUAUCAUACAAGAUGACCGGAAGACUUCAGCCAUCAUGGAAGAGGGUGUCCGUGGUCAUGACUACCGAUCUGAGCCAAAUCUGGACCUGCCAGAGUACACCAAUGCUCCCCUUCACCGCACCUUCCAGUCCUCUCCCCUGCAGCUGGAUACUGACCCUGUCAACUCGCGCUCUCUCAGCCUGAAGCAGGGUCACCGCCGGUUGGAGAAGGGCCAGCUACCAGCUCUGCAGCCACAGACAGUCACCUCUACCCCAUACAAGAGUGUCUUCUCACCCAACACGCUUUCCAACCGUAAUGGCAGCCUGUCUUAUGACAGCCUGCUCAAUCCAAGCAUCUCUCCAGCUACUGCCAAUGAGUGCAUGGCCCAUCGUGGUAUGCCCUCCAUGGGGUUCCACUCACCCUACCUACCGACCAAAAUGUGCCACAUCCGGGAACCUGAAAUGCAGAGGCACCAGGUCACUGCCACCUACAGUCCAGUGAUGCCACCCAGGGGGUUGGGAAGGCAAUCCCCUCACCCAAGGGACAGGGACCCAUCCCCAGUGCGCUAUGACAACCUCUCCCAGACCAUCAUGGCCUCCAUCCAGGAGCGAAAGGAGAUAGAGGAGAGGGAGAAGCGGCAGAUGCUGCAUGGGCGCUCCCAAACCCAUAUCUAUGCCCAGGACUCUGGCGUGUUUGAUGGGGGCUAUGGCCUACCCCCCAAUGCUUGCUACCCAGAUGGCCCUCGUGGACCAGGUUCCAGAGGCCCAACACCCCCAGCCUAUGGAGGCUCCAGGGACAACCUGAUGGGGGUUGGGAUAGUGAGCUAUGGGCAACGAACCCCUGUUUUGCGUCAUGCUGGCUCCGCGCUGGGGCGUGCUCCUAGGACUUCAUCCACCUCCCUGCACACAGAUCACAGCAGUACCAACAGCAGCCACAGCAGGGCCACUGCCCAAGAGGGCCCCUAUCGUUCCCCAGCCCACCAACCACACUCCCCUGCUAUGCCCCGAUCCCCCUCCUACUCCCACCAAAAACUCUCCUACAUCAGUGCCCAUGAGAGGACAGACUCACCUCGUCUGGGGGGCCCAAGAGAGGCCAUGAAAGUUAAUGGGCAGAUGGACUGCCACCCCAGUGCCCAGGGUGCCAACCUCAGCCCCGGUCGCCACAAUAAUGUCAAAAAGGUGACAGGUGUAGGUGGCACCACAUAUGAGAUAUCCGUGUGAACAGGGACACCACAUCCACCUCCAACAACAACAGCCACCCAGCUACAAAGAAAUAGCACUCCCUGUUUUGGAGUGAUUAUCCAGUUAAAGGAUUGUCUGCUCUUGUGUGGGUCUGUCUAGCCAAAUGCCAAUGUGUGUUUGUACCAGAGGAUUGGUUGUCAGCUGAUACCGCUGCAGGCUUUUAUGUGUGAGGAUUGUCUUGUCAUUAACAUUUUGUGGCUCGUUAUCUUGGUCGUAAGAAGAAAUUGUCCAACAGAUUGCAAUGCUUUUACUGUUGUCUUUCAGCUGUGGUUAUGAAGCGUAUGUUGUCUCAACUGUCACACACAAACUGCUGCAGCAAGCAAACGCAGACAUCCUCACCAUUGGACCUCUGUAGGAAGACUAAUGUCCUAUCCGAGUCAACUGACUGGUGCUUCACUUUAACUUGUACUGUUCAUGUAAUCUCCAGUGUAUUUGGUGGAGUUCUACAGAUUUGAGAAGUGAUAGAGAACAGAUCAGCAGUUAGAUCAGCACCAACUGCAACUGCAGGCAACACAAGAUAAGUGUGAUGAGAGGCUGGGAAAGGGGAUAUUGAGAGGCAAAAGUCAUUGUACCAUAUCUGGUGGUUGUAUUCAAAAUUUACUGAGAAAGGCGUACUUCGAAUUAAAAGUAAAAUUAACUUAAAUUUCUUCUUUGUCAAAACUAAAUUUCUCAGGAAUGAAUGCAACCAGCAGAGAUGCUAGUUGAUAUUAAUUCAUACAUUAUGAAUGUCUCCUUUGUCUCAGUCAAAUGCAGAUAUAUAGGGGCUCGCUCGAGUAUAGCUUAGCCCGCGUUAUUCCUUUCAUGAAGGUGCAGUACAUCAUCAUAGGCUUCUGUCUGUUUGAAUGAAGUUCAGUUUAGUGAUUUCAACAUGACAUGUGCUGGGCAGAUAUAUAUUGACGUUCUGAAAGAUCAGAAUUCCUUCACCCCAACGGGUCUCACCGUUCAGAAUGAGCCCAGCCUUGCACAACCAAAACAACUUUUCUGUUAAUGUUUUGUCUCAAAAAAACAUUUGUUCAAUACGCAAGGUUGUGAUUGUGUUAUAAUCAUAAGAAUGAAAGGUGUGGUGAAACAAGCCAUUGUCCCAUGUAGUAAAAUGAAGAUAACUGAUCACCCAUUCAUUAUUUUAUAGUUUUUUAAUCUGUUUGUUUCCUUUUUUUAUAUAACCAACCUUACAAAAACUAUGUUUGAUACAUCUUUUUUUAUACAGAUAAUUAAGCCUGGAAUGGAUGUUUUAUUUUGAGUGGAGUUUUGUGUUGAUAAAUUAUAAAUUCAGUAACUAAAUGAGAUUGUGAUAAUGGCUUAAAUCCAUAAAGUAAAUAUAGCUUGUUCUACCUUGCAGUGUAAAAAAAAAAAUGUAUGAUGAAAUGUAAUUACAAGAUGUGUGAUGUGAGGAAGUGAAAUAUUAAAGUCACAAUCGUUGACUAGCCAACAGCCACAUGAUGCACACUGAACAGUCAGUAUGUGCUGCACGCGAGUUAAGGAUUAGGCUUUCGAUAGAAGCUGUCUUUAGAUUUCAGUGCCAAACAUGGCUACACACCCCUUCAUUUCUCAAAGACAGUCAACAGCUGAAUGAAAAUGUCAAAUCAGUCGAUUUGCAGCGGCUGUCUGGUACAGCUCUAGUAUUUCGUACCACUCAGAGUUAAACUGGAACUUUUUUUUUUUUUUGCUGUUACAUUACAUUUAUCAUCUUGACCAUAAAAAUGAAAUGUUAAUAUCCUAGUGGAUGGUUUUAAUUUUUAAUUCAGCACCACCUGAACAUGGCAGAAUUUACAUGGAUGUGAAUUUGGUUCAGCUACAUCCGCAUUAAGAAUAAACCAUUGUUGCCUUUUUAAGAGGAAAAGCUCUUUCAUACACCAUGUAAUGUGGCUAGAUGAAACACUACUGUGCACUAAGAGACAGUGAAAUAUCAUUAGUGUUUUGUAUUGAGCUGCAAAUGGCAGGAGCAACACUUGAGCUUAGACUGGGUGAACAGAGUGUCGUGAUAGAAAAGGCCAAUGUACAAGGUAAUAUAUAUUUUCUUCCCAUUUCUGAUGCAUUCAUAGAUUCCUUUCUGCAGAGAUCAAUGUAAAUGCUUACAGCAGGGGUAGUCUUGCUUUCUGACAAGGUUGGAUGUUCCUGAAACUCGCUGUAGUUACAACCUUCAGGCUAGUAUGGUCUCUCUGUAAAGGUCUCACCCAGCUGCCUUAGCAUAAACAGUAAUGUGACAAAACACAAGAUAUUCGAAUCAAGUUGUGCAUUUCUGAAUUGUUUCAAAAACUGUCUCUGUUGUAAGGCUGUGGGAUACAGGGCUACUCAUUUGGCAUAUCUGAUGGUAAGCGUGUCAGUGGAACAACUAACUGGAACAUUUUGAAAUAAGCUGAAACGAUUGUUAGCUGCUCAGCUGCCUGAAAACGCCUCAGUCUAUCAUAACUUUCAGACCCCCGUUUGACCACAUAUCAACACACUAUCGAUGUCAUUCCUCUUUAAGAUGACUGCCAUUAGUCCAAUGUGUUCUUUUGGGAUGGACAUCACUGCAGGUCAGGGACCAUUCCUGACAGUCAACAAUGAAUCUGUUCUACUGGCCACGAGCUGAUGUUUUCUGAAACUCAAAUAGAAAGUUCAGUAUGUAUUAAACUAUAGAAUAUACUGUAAUUGUACAUGCGUUCCUAUUUUUGUGAAGAGGAAAUGUUUCCCAAUGACCUGAGCAGAAUAAAUAAAGUUUCCAAUUGUU